UUAUUAAACAGUUCCUACAAAUACAAUCCUAAACAAUUACUGAAUUAGCAAUGUAAUCCGCUCUCAAGGCUUUUGUCACCUAGCAAAUUCUUAAGCAGAGGAGAUUGCCACUUCAUUAGUGAUUCAGAGUCAGUUUCCACACGUUACUGUUUUUCAACGUGUCAAUAUGUCACUGUUAACCGUUUUUCUCUUAUUAUUAGUUGCCGUGCCUAUGAUGAGCAUAUUUGUCUUUUGUUAUUUUUGUUUAAUUUUCUAUGUACAUUUGUUCUAAUUAUUAACCGAGGUAAUUGUUGAGAAGGCUAUGACCAUCAAGAUUGAAUAAAAACAAAUAUCUUUUCAUUCACUAAUAUACUAGAAUUAUGUAUAAAUUAUACACGAGGUGGCGCUGCGAGUCGUAACCUUUGGUGGAUGUGCAAUGUUGUCGAUGACGGUGAAUGGAUGCUAUAUUUUGUUCAGUUGAUCGCGUCACCUCAAUACAUGCGAACAUUAUUUCAGAAGGUAAUGAGGAGGCAGUAUGCGCAGCCCGGCCCGCUGGAUCGCUCUCGUGCUCGUCGUCUGGCUGAUCGUAGUCGUCUACAUGUUCGGAUCCGUCUAUCAGUCGUCGAGUGACGACGGCAGCGCGACGCACGAGCGCAUCCGCCGCGCCCUCGGAGAGCUCGACACGCUGCGCCGCCAGAACGAGGAGCUGCGCUCACUCAUCUACGAGAUCAGGAACUCGCGGCACAGACUCGGCGGUCUGGAGGAGAGGAUUGAGGAUGCGAUGGGGCAGACGCUGAACGAGGCGCGAGACAACCUAGCAAGCCGCAUCGACAGAACAAAGACAGAGCUGCACGGCAUCGCUGCUGAGAAGGGCUUCGCACCGCCACCGGACAGCAGCGAUGUGGAGACUCGCACGUGGUUUGAAAAUAAAGUUCUCGAUAGCGAUCUCGUGCAAGACAAAAAGCAUCAGUGUCCACAAAUUGAAUGGCCUCCACUGCAGCCCUUAUUAAUCAUGACCUCUGAUAGGUCUAUGCUGUUCAUCUACUAA